AUAUUUUUUUUCAUUCUCACAAACCGGCAAAGGGCGAACCCUAACUUUCCAAUUUUCCUCCCAAUUCAAAGCUCGCAAUUCUCAAGCAUACAGACUCGAAAUCUCAAAUUGAAGCAGAAACGCAAAGAAUCGAGAACAAAUUUCUUUAAACAGUGAUCGAAUUCUGCAAAAUCUCAAUCAAGGUUUAGUGAUAUUAAUAGCCAUCAUGAGAUUCAAGAAAGGGAAUAAAGUGGAGAUACUUAGCGAAAAGGAGGUGCCUUCAGUAGCAUGGCGUUGCGCUGAGAUUAUCUCAGGUAAUGGGCACACCUACAGUGUUAAGUAUGAUCGGUCUCCUGGUAAGGAUAGUCAAGCAGUUGUGGAGAGAGUUCCAAGGAAGGAUAUUAGGCCUUGCCCUCCACCUGUUCAAAGUGCGGAGAUUUUGGCAGUUGGUGAUGUUGCUGAGGUGUUCGAUGUUGGUUUCUGGAAAAUGGCUAAGGUGUUGAAGGUUUUGGAUGAAAAUUAUUACUUGACUAGGCUACUUGGAUCUUCUGAGGAGUUUAGAGUGCACAAACAUAGGAUCCGGGUGCGCCAAUUUUGGAAAGAUGACAAAUGGGUUGUGAUCGGAAAGGGUUCUGAUAAUCGUAUUAGCUCGCAAGUCCCACAAUUGAAUGCAAGAAUAAAGCUACCAGCUGUGAAUGAUUGUGUACCUCCUCUGGACAUCAUCAGUUAUCAGGAUUCCCAUAAUGUCUCAUCGAGAUCAUUGAAGAGAGCUUCUCCAUAUUGCUCAUUUUAUAUUGACGGAUAUUCACGAAAGAGGAGAGCAAUUGAGAAGGGGUGUGAGAGCCAACACAUUUUUUCUGGGUCCCCAUCUUCCUUUCUUAAAAAGGUAGAUGCUGUUGCUUACCCACAAGAAAAUCUGGGUGAAAAAUACGUGCAGGCUUCCUUUAUUAAUCGUACAACUGGAUGUUUUGAAAAGGAGAGGGAAGAGUUAAAUGGUGCUAUUUCUCUUUCUGUUGAAAGAAGUUCAGAACUUGAUGAUUGUGAUAGUGAUGCAUGCUCUGUGGGUAGUUGUAGUGUUAUUAGUAACAAUUCAAAUAAGUUUUCCAGUCAUAAUUUAGCAGGUACUAGUCAAGAUUCAGAUACCCUUUCUAGUGAUGCAGAUUCUUUUUGUGGAGAUGCGCAAGAAAAAUUUUCCGUUCCUCUGGAAGAGGAUGUACCAGCAGGAAUCCAUAGGUUAGAGUUGAAUGCUUAUCACAGUACUCUGGUGGCAAUGCAUGCUUCUGGAUCCUUAACUUGGGAACAAGAAGCGUUAUUGACAAAUCUCCGUAUUUCACUGCACAUUUCAAACGAUGAGCAUUUGAUUGAAGGCCAAGGUUGGAGCCUUGCUUGCCUUGCCUUGCUUCCAAAGGCUUAGAUGAUGCUGAGGUUUGUCAUCUUGGCGUAUACAAUGGAACUAUUUAUUUCGAAUUUUCUUCAUAUAUGACAAUAUGCCGCCAGAAAAUGGUACAAUUAUUUUCUCUGAUUCUUUGAUGUGAUUCAUUUUGGGUCUGCUGGGAACUGUGGACACAUCUUCUACCAAAGCAGAACGUGAACUUUGAAAAGGUUCCCAGUUUGCUUGAUGCAGUUUACCUAAUUCUUUGCUGAUGAUAUAUCUCUUUAUUGUCUAUUAACUUUGCAUUUUUUUAAAAUACUUAUAUAAUAUAUUAGGUAUUAUAUUCUUUAGAUUAUAACUUAUGCAAAUUAAGUAUCAUUUCCUUGUAUUCUUUUAAUUCAGAAAGCCCAGAAAAUUGAAGUUUCCGGUAUCUUCUUUGAUCUUAUAGAAAAUUGUAGUGUUUAUAUGAUCCGUACCAUCUGUUUAUUCAGACUCCUUAUUUGUGAGUACCUUGUGCAUUACUUGAAUUUAAAUGGCUUUAAAGUUCAUACAAACUAUUUGGCAUGCAUUUGUUUCAUUGUGCUACAGUUUGGACUUCAAAACUGGACCAUUUAUAGUUGUUUGUGUUUAUAUUUGAUUCAUGUACGCCAAUGGUAUAAUGUUCUUUUAUUUAAAACAAUAAUCUGGAAGACUUAAUUUAAGUUUCUGAUCUUUGAAAUUAUCACAUUUGAAAGUGAAAACAAUAAAAGUGGACUGUUGGCUGCGAGAGGUAAUUUGCAUAACUAGAGAGAAGUCAAAGGAAAAAUAAAUAAACAAAUCAUUGUACAAACAAAGUAGAAAAAAUCUCUAAAUGCAAUACAUUCGAAGUCUUACAUUUGUAAGUAGAACCUUUUUUCCCUGUUGAUAACAUGGAGAUAUGGUUGUGGAAGGUAACUUAUCCAAACUACUUUGUGAUGUCUAACACAGGACACACGUAAACUACUGUGACUAUGAACUUUACAAUUGAUUUAGGAUUUGUGUGAGUGAUUAAAGCAGUUUGUAGUUAUCUCAUUAUAAAAGUAUCCUGGUGAAUUGAAUAGAACUAGUAGCACUAUGCACUGUUCAAGGAAUAAAGCAAUUUGUAGUUAUCUCAUCAAUUAAUUGUUUGGAAAUUGUCAAGGAAUUUCACAUGUUAUUAGUUGAUGAUAAAUGAUAAUAGACUAUAAGGUCAACAGUGCUCCGUGGCAAAAGAGCCUGUCAAUUGACAAACACUGGUGUGGCUAAAGUGAUUGCCGGCUUUGCAGCUCAGACAAAAGGAUCAGUUCAAAUUGGCUAAGUAUUUGCCCUACUUAAUAUAAUUUUUCGACAAGGUAUGUACAACAAUUCUUUGAAUGUAAUUCUCAAUCCUCAGCGAAGUUAACAAAAUAAUGUUGUAUAAAGCUCAAUUUUGAAGGAUUGGUUUGUACAUACAUGCUUUGUGUAUCCCAUUGGUAUUUUGGCAGAUGUUUGCGGAUUGAGUAAUGACAGAGGCUGACAAAAGUUUCACUUGGGAUACCAUUUAAUGCAACAAUCUACUGUGUAGAUUCUUUUAAAUGGACUAGAUCUGGAUUCUUCAAGGAAUUCUCAAGGAAGGCCAGUUUAACUUUCUUUUGCCAGUUUAACUUUCUUUUGCAGUUAUAUCUAUGAACACGGUAUCUUCGACGCCAGGUCUUCCUUUGGAAAUUGUCUGAAAUGGUUGUUAGAGUUGGGACUAGACUGUUGCAGAUCUUCAGUCCUUUUCUGCCCCGUUCUUGUAAUAUUGAAUUGUGAGAUACAUGCAUCAAUGUGUUGAGCAGUAUAUAUUUUUUAUUUGGAUAAUGAGAGCUUGCAAUUGUUUAUUGGAAAUACGAUCAUUAAUGUUA